AGCCCAACACCUCUUGAGAAGGUAGAAAAUAUUGCCAACCUUAAAUUGUCCAGCCCAACAUUUCUUGAAGGGGUUAAAAGUAUUGAAAUGUUCUCAAGUGAAACACCUCUCAAAGACAAGGUUAAAAGUAGUGAAGAGAAUGAAGUUUCCAGUCCAACACUUGUUGAUAAGAUUAAAAGUAGGACACAUAGGAAACGCAGCAAAGUAUGUUCAUCGCCAUAUCUUAGUGCGAAAAGCAGGGCAAAAUUUGUUCCCGACAACAUCCACAUAGAUGAUAUCACAAGAGGCCUUGAUUUAAGUGACUUGGAAGUUGCCGCCAUCAAGUUUGUACAAAAACAGCUUGUGCUAGAUGCUGAAAGGGUCGUUGUUUGUAUUGGACAAAUUGAGCUAAUCUGCUCCAAAAUGGCAUCUCUCAUUAGGCCUGUCAAUGAGAAUGGAGUGAAAAAGUGGUUAUAUGAUGAUAUAAUAAACUUAUAUGCUACUAUGUUCAAUUCUCUUUGGGAAGAAGAAAGUGUAAAAUAUGCACUUUCAACUUUUGAUUCCAAAUUUCUAACUACCGUUGGGAAAGAAUGGCUUACACAUGGUCAAUUCAUUCGAAAGCAAAAAAAAGAGCCAAUGAGCUUUGCCGCUCAUUGAUUCGACAUGAUAUGGUCCCUAUGCCCAUGAAUAUUGAUGAGGAUCACUGGUGGCUGGUUGUGAUCAAUCUAGCUAAACAAGAAUGCCAAAUUCUUGAUUCAUAUGAUAGGACAUUGGAAUACUAUAUUGAAGUGACGAGACCAUUUCGUAAUGGUGUUCACUCAAUACUGCAGUCAUUUUCACCUUCGAUGCAAUCAAGGUGGAGUAACCUUGAUGUCCUGUCUUGGCGUAUUGUUGUCGUAAAGGAAAUUCCGCGGCAGUAUGACAUAUGCUCUUGUGGAAUUUUCACUAUAAAGUUUAUGAAAUACUGGAAUGGGUCUGAGCUUACAUCUUACUUCAGCCAGGAGCAUAUGGAAACAUUCAGGAAGAAGAUGCCAAGUGAAAUACUGCUUUCGUCCUCAAAUAAGAUUAGUCUUGUUGGAAAAGAAGUUCGUGACAUGCUUGAUGUUUAG